AUGAUCCUCCGCCGCGGACGCUGCCUAUCUCCUCUCUCCUCCUCCUCCUCCUCCUCCUCCUCCUCCGUCUCUCUUCUUCAGCCGUGCUCCAUCCCGUUGAAUUUCUUCCACGGAACCUCGCCGGCGACGGCAGAGAAUGGAGGAGAGCCAUGCCCGGAGCCGGAGCUCGUGGGAGGCCCCCCGAAGCUGUCCUUCGCCUGCUCCAUUCAGCCCUGCGCCGACGCCGAUUCCCUCUCCCGCCUCCUCAUCGGCCACCACAAUCCCUUCCACGCCAUGGAAUCCCCCCUCCAGCUCUCCGGCACAGUGGCCCUCUCCCACGGCCUCGUUCUUCAGACCCUCCUCCGCCUCCGCCACGCCUCCAAGGUCGCCCUAGGGUUCUUCCUCUGGGCCAGGGACCACGCAGGGCACCGCCACGACGCUGACGCCUACGAUCUCAUGGUCGAUCUCCUUGGGAAGGUCCGCCAAUUCGACGUGGUGUGGCAGCUGGUGAUGGAAAUGGACCAGAUGGGCGUGGGGCCUUCCCCGAGAACAUUCGCUGUCCUCGUCCGCCGCCUCGCCGCCGCCGGCCUCACACGGCAAGCCCUCAGAGCCUUCGACGACAUGGAGGCCUUCGUCGGACGGCCUGCCGACGGCUCCGAGUUCAACCUCCUUCUGGACACUCUCUGCAAGUACGGCUACGUAAAGGUGAGGCUCCCCCACUGCUCGCGAUCGCCGUCGUCUCCCUCUUCUUCUUCUCCUGGCAUUUUCUCCCCUGAUCUUGGCGCCGCCCUCGACUUUGUGGAUCGAAGUUCGCCGCGGAGAUCUUCAACAAGAAGAAGUCCAGAUACCCACCCGACGAGAAGACCUACACGAUCCUGAUGUACGGAUGGUGCAAGAUAAAUCGCCCGCAGAUGGCGGCGAAGUUCUUGAGGGAGAUGUCCGAUCGCGGUCUGGAGCCCAACGUGGUCUCCUACAAUGUCCUGCUCAACGGGAUCUGCAGGAGAGCGAGCCUCCACCCAGACACCCGCUUCGACGGGACAAUUCGCGCCGCCGAAGACCUGUUCGAGGAAAUGCGCAGUAGAGGCAUCGAGCCCGAUGUCACCAGCUACUCGAUCCUCCUCCAUGUCUACAGCCGUGCCCACAAGCCGGACCUCUCCCUCUCCCUCUUCCACUCCCUGAGGGGGAAGGGGAUCUCCCCUACCGUGGCCACCUACACUUCAGUGGUCAAGUGCCUCGCUUCUUGCGGCAGAGUGGAAGACGCCGAGAAGCUGCUCGACGAAAUGUCCAGCAAUGGAAUUCAACCGUCUGCCACCACCUACAACUGCUUCUUCAAGGAGUACCGCGGGAGGAAAGAUGUGGACUCUGCAGUUAAGCUGUACAGGACGAUGAAGACGGCAGCAGUGACUGGGGAAUCUCUCACUCCACCAGAUAUCCAUAGCUACAACAUCUUGGUGGGGAUGUUUUCGCAGUUGGACCGACCAGAGCUUGUUAGGGAGCUUUGGGAGGAUAUGAGCAAUAGAGGGGUUGGGCCAGACAUGGAUUCGUAUACUUCGAUCAUUCAUGGGCUCUGUCAGAAGCAACGAUGGAAUGAGGCCUGCCGAUUCUUCAUGGAGAUGAUAGAGAAGGGGUUCCUCCCUCAUAAGGUAACAUUUGAGACGUUAUAUCGAGGGCUUAUACAGGCGGAUAUGGUGAGAACUUGGAAGAGAUUGAAGAAGAAGGUUCAGGAAGAGUCCUUAAAAUUUGGCGCUGAAUUCCGAAAUUACCAUUUCAAAUCGUAUAAAAGGUGA